AUGGUCGACACUUCUGCCAGCGGCCAUUCAGCCGCGCGGACCUCGUCGCCAGAACCUCUGGCCGAUGCCGCAGCCGCCCCCUCGACAUCGACCGCGCCUCCGCCCGCCACGGCCAAGAAGCUCAACCGGCAACGCUCCUCGUCGCUCCAGAAGGGCGCUGCCGUGCUGCGAGCCCUCUCGCGCGCAGAGUCCGACUUUGACCGACAGCAGAUCCUCCUCGCACAGGCGUCCGGAUCCGAUCCAGCCGCCGCCACCAUCCCUACGCAGGACGGCUCGGCCAUCGACGACGACGCUGCCGCCAUUGCCGCUGCAGGCGCAGGCGCUUCCAACGGCGCGCCCAACACCGACCCCGCCUCGUCGCUGCGGAAGCGCGGCGCCGCCGCCUCUGCCUCUGCCACGUCGACAUCAUCACCGUCGUCGUCGGGCGACCGGCCCCCCGCCAGCGCCACCUCGGACACCACCGUGCAGCCAGACAGGAAGCGCGACCGCGUCAAGGCGACGGCGCUGCCCACGUCGCAGCCCACGAAAAAGAGCUGGGAGAUCCCGCGCAAGAUCUUCCACUCGUCCAUCGGCGGCCUCGUCCUCUACCUCUACCUCUCCAACACUGACCUCCGCGUCAUCGUGCGCAACCUCUCCUACUUCCUCGGCAUUGUCGUCACCGCCGACGUCAUCCGCCUCAACAAUGCCGACUUCGAGGCGCUCUACGAAAAGGUCCUCGGCUUCCUCAUGCGCGAGUCCGAAAAGGAAAAGGUCAAUGGCGUCGUGUGGUACCUCGUCGGCGUCAUCACCAGCCUUCACUUCUUCCCCGAGGACAUCGCAUGCGUGUCCAUCAUGAUCCUGUCGUGGUGCGACACGGCGGCCUCGACAUUCGGCCGCCUGUUUGGGCGGUACACGCCUCCGCUGCCGUCUCCGCCAUUUGCGCGGCGCAAGUCGACGGCGGGCUUCCUGGCGGCCAUCGUGUCGGGCGCGCUGACGUCGUACCUCUUCUGGUGCACCUCGAUCGCCUCUUCGGGAGAGCGGCCGAACGGCAUCUCGUGGUCCGGCUCCGGGCCAGCGCACCCUGCCGUGUUCGGCACGCUGCGCGCUGGCGGCCUCGCCCCCGGCUCGACGACGGGCUGGAUGGGGUUAGCUCGCGGCUUUUCCGCCCAGAGCGGUGCCGGCCUGCUGCCCUCGUCGGCAGCCGGUGCGGGUGUGGUGGCAGGACAGUACCUGGGCGCCGAGAGCAUCGCGGCCGGUAAACUCGGCACCGACGCCGUCCUGCCCUCGCUCUCGUCAACGACGGCGGCGGCGGGCGAUGUGCCGGGCAUGCCGUGGUGGAUGCUGACCCUGGGCAGCGGCAUCGUCGCUGGCGUCGCAGAGGGCCUCGAGCUCGGAGGCGUCGACGACAACCUCUCGCUCCCCAUCCUCUCUGCCACGGGCAUCUGGGCCAUGCUCUUUACCUGGGGCAAGGUGGCGAGUCUGUGGAGGUAG